UAUCCUGCUCCUCAACAAACUUCGCGCUCAUCACCCCGUGUUGGGCGCCCUCCGAUAGUUUCCAAUUUCAUUUGACGAAUUCUUCGAUUUCACCAGCGGGGACCAGGACCCGCACUACAACAUCUCGACAUGCAAUAUACCUCUGUCAUCAUGCAGUUCGGCAUUGUCCGACCCUUCCGCCUGUUCUGGCAACCCUCUAGAUUCACUGUUGCCAUCAAGCCUCCAUGGACUACAGUCUGCUGAUUGGCAACUUGGGCCUUCUUAUUCCGGUCCUCAAGACAACAAUCAUUUGAUCGACACUUCCCUUCUGGCCACCUCUUCGGCCUCGACUGGCAACCUUAUCGUACCGGACGCCUCUCUUUACCCCACUGCUGACUUCAACCUCUUCCCUACUGGCAAUUCGCCGUAUCUUGGCCAUGAUUUCCAACUGUUUCCCCAAGGCCAUGGUUCGCUUUCUACUACUGGAGAUACUAUUGAUACACUUGCUAUGGCUCAAAGCAUGAAACUUUCCAACAACAUGGAUGCGGCAGCGCACAUGACCAGAGACGACUCUCAGUCUGGUUCGUCUUGGACAAGCCGCAAGGAUCGGAGCUCGUCAUCUCCUGAGCACGUUUCUUCAUCCAAGACGUCGUCUACUAAGAGCAGUCCCGUGGUACAAGAGGCUGCUUCGCGGAUUGAGAAGCGAAAAGCUAACACGCUUGCUGCCCGUCGUUACCGCCAAAAGCGGGUUGAUCAAAUGAGUACUCUGGAAGCUGAACUGAAAGAGAUCAAGGCCGAACGGGACGAACUCAAAGUCCGCAACGCCAGGCUUGAAGGCGAGGUGGAAACUCUCCGUGCUCUUCUCCGUGCGCAAAAGUAACGGCGCAUGGGCAGAUGGGCAAAAGGGGUGGGUUCUGACCUUACGGGUAGGACAUGGUCGGUUCGUGGACUUUUGUAACGUGUCUAUGUGCAUGCAAUACAAUUCAAUUCUUUUUCUACGA